CCGAGAACGAGGACCCGGGAUGGUAGUAUCGUUGGAUCCUUCGUUCCUUCUGCUCUCCCGUCAUACGUGGUGCCUCGCUGCUCUUCCUAGGCAUCCCGAUUCCUGUGGGCUGCGCUGCGCGUUGUGCGUGGGAUUGAUCGAGCGAACGGCUCUCCCGUCCGGAGCGGCAGCAGCAGCAGCAGCAAAAGCAAAAGCAAAAGUAGGGAGCGAGCGGAGUUUCGGGCGGGGCGAGAGGUCGCUGGCGUCGAAGUAGCUGCCAGUACGCGUCCAGCCUGCCGCUGUCAAAAGACGUUUUUCGAUCGGUUUUAGUAAAAAAUUUCGCAUUCCCAUAGGAAGAGAGAGACAGAGGCAAACCCAUAGCCCGGGCGUAGCUCGAUAUCGCAGCGUACGUACCGCCAGGGAAUAUCAACAUUUAACGCGGGACGUUUUAUUUAUUACCGGGUUCUGUUGUGAGUGUCCGUUGUUCCGACAUUCAAAUAUAAUAAUACCAGAUAAUAUAAAACUAUUGAGAGGGAAGUAAAAUACGUCAAGGGGUAGGUACCGCCUAUGGUACACUUGAAAUAUACCGAUCUGCGGCUUACCAGUGGCGAAGAGAAUUAACUUUUUUUUUUGCUAAAAUUGAUGGAUAUUCCUAACGUGCUAAUUACGCGGCGGUAUUUUAACGAGCAACGGGAAAAGUAGCGAACGGAAAAAAAAAAACAGUGUACGUAGGAGCAGGAAGGAAGGAAGUGGCAGAAGGGAUCUCGGAAGGAAUACCGAGCCCCUCGCUUCAAUAAAGCAAAGCCUCGUACGGAUAACUUCCACCACUCUUGCAAACGGUUUUACUCUCGCAGUUUGUGGGGCUGUGCCGCCCGUCGAACACCCGGAACUCCAUGAUUCAAAGUAUCGAUCAAAUAAUAUCGAAAAAGUGACCGGGAGUGCGUACAAAUACCAAUUCACUCGUAAAUAAUUCAUUAUCAACACCUAUUGCGACCACGCUUAUAAUUUGCACUCGAGUCGCAAAAUUUUCACUCUUUAGUAUUUCAUUAGAAAACAUACCUAUAUUGUUUGACGUGAGAAAAAUAUCAGGCGGUACAUAUUGCAUAGAUAUUGGUAUAAAAUCGCUGCUACUCGCGCCUUAAUAAUAGUAAUAAUACGAUUAAUAAUUAAACGUAGUGAGUUAUCAUAAAUGGUGUAUGUCUGAGUUUUGUGUUGCCGCAAACUACCCUGGAACAUAGCAGCAGAACCGGAAACCACCAAAGGGAUUUUUAAGGAUUUCUACCAGUGCGGGGUGGCUUCCAAAUUUCAGGAUCGUCGGUAAAUAGGCGUAAGGGUGGCGGCGUUCCGAAGUGGUCGACGCCGAAGGUAGCUCGGUGGACCGAGGCGCGUGAUAGUCCUUCAGGGGGGGCGCGAGGGUUGCGUCGUGUCCGAUUGCCGUGUGCAGUGGAAUAAUAAAGGGGCGGGGGUGGCGUUUGUGAAAGCAACGUGUGGCAAGAUGGGCUGCGCCAUGUCAGCGGAAGAGCGGGCCGCUCUGGCCCGCAGCAAGCAAAUCGAGAAAAAUCUCAAGGAAGAUGGUAUCCAGGCUGCGAAGGACAUCAAACUCCUCCUAUUAGGGGCUGGAGAGUCCGGCAAGAGUACCAUCGUUAAACAAAUGAAAAUUAUUCACGAAAGUGGAUUCACGCCCGAAGACUUCAAACAGUACAGGCCGGUUGUUUACAGCAACACAAUACAAUCACUUGUUGCAAUUUUAAGGGCAAUGCCAAAUCUAGGCAUUGGAUUUUCGACCAACGAAAGAGAGACGGACGCAAAAAUGGUGUUCGAUGUUAUCCAGCGGAUGGAAGACACGGAGCCUUUCAGCGAAGAGCUUCUAGCGGCGAUGAAGAGGCUUUGGGCAGACAACGGGGUCCAGGAGUGCUUCGGUAGGAGCAACGAGUACCAGUUGAACGACUCUGCUAAAUACUUCCUGGACGACCUGGAUCGGUUAGGCGCCAGGGAAUAUCAACCAACGGAACAAGAUAUUCUUAGGACUCGAGUAAAAACGACAGGAAUAGUAGAGGUUCACUUUUCGUUCAAGAACCUUAAUUUCAAACUUUUCGACGUCGGCGGUCAAAGAAGUGAACGUAAAAAAUGGAUCCAUUGUUUCGAGGAUGUAACGGCCAUAAUAUUUUGCGUUGCCAUGUCGGAGUACGACCAGGUACUUCACGAGGAUGAAACAACGAACCGGAUGCAGGAGAGUCUGAAGCUUUUCGACUCGAUUUGCAACAACAAGUGGUUCACGGACACCUCGAUAAUUCUUUUCUUGAACAAAAAAGAUCUCUUCGAAGAAAAGAUACGCAAGUCACCGCUCACCAUCUGCUUUCCCGAAUACGCCGGUGCGCAAGAAUACGGAGAAGCGGCUGCCUAUAUCCAGGCGCAGUUUGAGGCUAAAAACAAAUCAACAACAAAAGAGAUUUAUUGCCAUAUGACUUGCGCCACGGAUACAAAUAACAUUCAGUUUGUCUUUGACGCUGUUACAGAUGUGAUUAUAGCAAAUAAUCUCCGCGGCUGCGGUCUCUACUAGCCUAAUUCAACCAUAAUAAUAUCUUAUUUAACUAUCUAUACAUACAUAUAUACGGAUACAUGUAAUAUAUGUAUCUGUAUAUAUAUACUAUAUGAAAUUACAAGCGUGAACAAUUGACGAGUUACUGUGAACAAAAAAAGCAAGGUGAUUUACAAUAUAAACAACAACUGCACACACCAUAACGCUUCUCUAAAACCUGUUACGGUUUUAUUAAAAAGAAAAGGAAUAAGGAAAGAAAAAAUUUGGAGAAAAUGAAAAAAAUAAGAGGAAAGAUGGAACAACAAAUAUUAAACAAAUAUUUCUCACUAUACCUUCAUUAACUGUUUUAUAUGUACAGUGGCUAUACAUUAACAUUGUUAGGUAUGGUAUAUACAUAUACAUAAUACAUACAUAUAAACAUACUGUUAGAAUUUGUAGCUAAUAUUGUGCGAGUUUUAAGUAAGAUCUAAAAAAAAAAAGAAAAAAACGUAAAAAAAAAGAAAUUGAAAAAUUCUUAGCGGUUAUCUAUAAUAUUGAUAAGACGGUUUUAUUAUGCGGAUAUCCGCGAAAGUUUGGAGUUAAAAACUUAGUGCUAGAGCCUACAGUUAAUAUUUCUUCCCAUAAUUCAGAAUACCCGUGACAUGAUAGAUGUUUCGGUGUGUUUCGAACGGGUUUAAAAAUCGUUGAGAUAUACUAUAUAAAUAUUUAUACGUACAUAUAGUAUAAUUUAUCAUUUUUAAACCGUGACAGAUUUUUGGAAACGAUAGUCAGAUUUAUGUUUUUAUUACGCUGUAUGUGUAAGAUGGUAUGGGUGAAUAAGUGCAGAGAAGAAGAUUAAAUAGAGAUUCGGAAUAAUAUGGUUGAAGAGAGGAAAAAAAAUAGCGAUAAGACCGAGCACGUAAUUAUGAAGGAUACAUGCAUUCUCAAAUCGCGAACACAGUUGUACACUAUUCCCUAGACACGCACACUUGCACAAAUUUAAAGAAAGAGAAAUAAAAAGAUUUAUUUAAAAAAAAUAUUGAUUGUUGAAAAAUCGUUUAAUAUUUCACAGAUACGCGCAACUCACUACCACACAGUUACACGUAUAACACAUUUACAUAGCAGCGGCAACAGCAGCAGCAGUAAAAACAAUGACAAAUAUACAAAUAUAGGAACGCAGAAAUUUGAGAGAAGGAAAUAAAAGUCGAAUGUUACUUGAGAAAAUCGAUGCAUUCGUAUUUGCGGAAUUUGUUUCUAUCUAUUAAACUUUAUUAAUCAAACGUAAUCAUAUCUGUACGUAAUACCUAUUGAUUUUUUUCUAUACGCGUACAUAUAUAUUAUAUAAAGUGUCCUAAAAAAGUAAACCUGCACAGUUUUAUUGAAGUCCAAAGAUAGAUUUUAUUUUAUAUUCGGGUUAUUUCGAACUUAAAUAGUUAUGUUCGACGAACCUUUUUUUUCUGAUGAAUUAAAGGAGAAGUGAAUGAUAAAUUGUUUUGAAAUUACAAUCGAUUUUUGUUAUUACUUAUACUUUGUUUAAUUCUACAGCCAACUUCUCCUGUAUAAAAAUUUGUUACUUUUGGUUAUCAUUUUCUUUUUUUUCUUUUUGUUUUCAUGAUUGUUCUCACCAUAUGCGACUUUAUAACGAUGUAACUACAAUUAUUAUACAUACAUAUAUCUAUACAUAAUAUACUAUAAUACGGUAACUCACAGUAAUCACAGAUCGGAAACGCGAUGGCAUUUAUUUAUUACAUUUGUUUUUAUUACAUAUUAUUAUACAUCUAUUUUUGUUUUUCACCUGAUGAUUUAAUUUAAUUAUUAUUCUAUCAUUCAUAGUUAAUCGAAUGCAUAAACGUGGAUAAUCGGUAUUUGAUUAAUUAUCAAAUAAAUUAUGCAGACAAGGAUUAUAUUCAAGCUUCGUUUGUGGCAUAAGAUAAUUAUAAUUAUAAACGCAAAAAAUGACCGAACAAAAAUAUAUUAUAUACCAAUUAAUCCUGCGUAAUUAUUAAUUAUGGUAUUCUAUAUGCGCAAACAAUAUAUACAUAUACGUACACAGGUGGUUCUUCUAAAAACGCACCUAUUUUUCUAUCGACUUAAUAAUUACUAUCGUUAUAAUUUUCAUAAGUACCUAAAAUUGUUAUUAAUUUUGUCUAAAAAACAUUUUGACAAUACCUUAUACCGGUAACAAACAUACAUAUAUUUACAAUCUAUCUUUUGCUGGGCAGGAAACAAAUUUAACAAAAAUAAAAAACAAAAAAAAAUUAAAUAAAGCAACAAAAAAAAAGCUCAUACGGGACCUCACAAGUGUAAACACGUAUAAUAUAACAUUAUAAAUUCAACGCUAGCAAGCAGACACAGAUUUCAUUGCGCACAAUCGUAAUUCGAGGGCUACGAGAGUUUAAAUGGUUAAAAGGUAUAUCAAAAUAUAUUAUAUAUACAUAUAUCUAUAUCUGCAUUUGAGUAAAGAGAAUAGAAUCUCAAAGUCUAUUCGUAGUACAUACAUUCCGACUUUGAUAUUUGUUUUAAGUAUGAUAAUAAUAAUAAUUGAAACGGAAUGAAUAAUCACGUACUAUACCUGUACACAGACUAUUUUAUCCUCCGAGUCCUCGAAAUUAUAUUUUCAUAUCUUAUAUUUAAUUAUAUACAUACAUACAAGAAAGUGAGAGAAAUGCAUACCUAGUUUGUUCAAGGAAUGAUGUAUUAAUUAUGGGAACAUGUAGUCCCAAGGGCUUAACUUAUACAGUCUUAACGAAUGAGAAAUGAAAAAACAAAAAAGAAGCAUAUAAUUAUUUCGACUUCGUCAUAAAAAAUCAUAAAAAAUAUGUAAUAUACCAAUACUAUGUAUACCCCCCCACGUAAUGCAUACCUGAUUCAUGGAAAAAAACCGAAAAAAAACCACGCUGUUCGAGUGACAAUAUUAUUUGGCUAAUUACUGUAUUUAAAACGAGAAAAAAACAAAUGGAAAGAACAAUCGUCCAAAGAAUUGAAAUCAUACGGAUAAACUUUUGAUUAAUAUUUCGCCUACUGGGACGCGUUGCUAUUGUAAUAGCAAUAACGACGAUAAUGAUAAACGGGACAAAAUAUUAACGAAUAAUACAAUAUUGGCCAAACUUAGUCGAACGUAUUUGAAUAAUUAUAUCUACUGUCAUACCGAUUCGAUUUAUAUAAUGGAGAAAUAAAAUAUCAAUCGAUCGAUCAGACAUUAGAUACAUUAUUGUAAAGACGCGCUUCGAAGUCGUAGACACAGAUAGCGAGCGAAAGAUGAAAAAAAGAGUGUGAAAAAGCGUCGGAUGCAUUUUUGACUGCCUGCAUGAUUGUGGGUAUGAUAAUUGAAUGGAUUAUGUGUGUUAUGUAUGGGUGACGUGAGAAUGAGAAAAAAAAUAAAAAUGACUAUCUACUCGUUGUCGAUGAAAAUUGCGCGAGCUAGUCUCAAGAAAUUCAAGCUAUCACAAAAAAUGUCAUUGAUCGAAAAAUCGAUUUUCCUGAGGGACCUUUGUACAGUACAUUGAAGGAUUAUUUGCUAUCAAAAACUGGAUUAGACCGAUAUCCGAAUAAAGUACCAAGUUGGGCGAGGGAUAUGGAGAGUGGAAAUUGUAAUUUGUUAGAACAGAAAGAAAAGAGAACAAAUAAACGAACACGAGAAGAAAAUGUACCAAAUAUUAAUACGUGCCAAUGAGCAUGAGAUAAUUCUAGUUGAAGGCGAUAUCUGUAAUAACAUUUAAAUUAAUUAAUUAUUUAAAAGUUGAAUAUAUUAGUUGGGGUGUAGAGAACUAUGGAUAAUAAAAUUAGAAAGGAAUCAGGGAGUGAGAGGGAGAAUUAUUAAGAUGAAAAAAGACGUCGAAUCGUUUCUGAAUAAAACUAGCACAAUGUACAGCGAGUAGAGUUGAUUAAAUACAUACCUCGAUCGCUCGUAAAUCGUUGCUAUUUUAUUUUACGCCCGUGCACCUCCUUUUCAUAAUAUAAUGUAGAAAGCGAAACGAACAAGAGAAUGAAAAAGGAAAAAGUAAUAUUAAAACGAAGAGGUAAUGAGAAAAGAACUAGGUAACAACUGUUGACGAAAAAAAUAAAAUAAAUUUAAACUAAAUUAAAUUAAACUAAAUAAAGAUAUCAUGCUGUGCGCUUGCAGGAAUGGAUAGAAAAUAAAAAGAUCAAAUAGGUGAGGUAGCAAAAUGGGAAGCGUGGUUAAUCGGUUGAAAAAAAAGUUAACAAAUUGAAAAUUAAACAUGAAAAUGGAACGUAUAAGAACAGAAUUAAGUAAAGGUAUAUUUGUAAGAAUUAUUGUCUACCGUUUAUUGCGCUAUUAUUACUAAUUAAUAUCAAAUUAAUUCAUUAAUUAUAUAAAGUGGUAAAUAAUAUUUGUGUGUGUACUUGAGGUAUAUUCCAAUAACAAUUAGGAAAAAGCGUGCUAGCCAAUGAACGUAACAAUGAUUGUCUGCUAAUAUAAGGUAUAUAUGAUAACUAUAGCAAUAUAUCUAUGCUAUAGUAUUAAAAGGAAAGAAAACACGAAAAAUGAAUUAGAGUAAAUAUAUAGCGAAAAUCGACUCCGUUAUGCGAGAAAAAGAAAAUUAUGAUAAAGCGUUGAACUCUUCGUUAUUUUUCAUCUUGAUUUAGUACAUUCUUUGAAUCUCGUUAUACUAUACGUACGGUAUAAACUAAACGAUCAAUCGUAAAUCCUUAUUAAUCGCUGACCAUUACAUUUCCUGAAUAGCUGCCAAAUAUUUUCAUUCGCUGCAUUAUCAAAUUUUGAAUAUUCAUUACAGUAACAACCAUAUUAAAACGAAGUUACAACUUUUGGCAACACGAUUUUUUGUGUUUCUUCAUUUGUUUUUUUUUUUUGUUGUUUUUAUUUUUUUUUUUCAUUAAUUUUUUAUUGUUUAAAUCGUCGUUAUAUACGUAUUUAUGUGGAUGCAAAAUGAAUAAGAUAUAAAUUAUAAUAAUUCACACAAAGCACAAACACAAAUGCACACACACACUUUAUAAACAUGUCGUAAGUCUCUCAGUGCCAUUGCUACAUUCCUUGCCAUAAUUUAUAAACUAUUAUUAUAUCAUAGUAUCUAUCACACGACACGCUAUACGUUUUCCAACAUAAAUUUUAUAUUAAUAUAAAAUUGUCAUAAAUCGUCGCUGCGCGUACGGUAAAAAUGAGGUGUUUCAUAGAACUAAUCGAUCCGCGUGAUUUUUUUUUCAAUAACUAUUGGCUGAAAAAUAUGAAAAAAUAUCUGAAUUCAUAGCGAGGUGACGCACUUUAAACAACUGAGGGAAAUUUUAUCAUUCCAUAAACGUCGCGCAGCAAGAACUAUAAUAAUUAAAUAAAAUAUAUAAUUAACAUACAUACGCGUAAUCAUAUUCUGUAUUAUAACGUGCGAAGUUAUAAGAAUAUAUAGCGAAUUAUAAUCAUGAAGACUUCUUUUUAUCAUCCUGCAUUAUAUCCUGCACAACACUUGCAUUUAACGUAUAAUACGUCCGAAUAAGAUGGGGGAGAAAAUUUAUCCUCGAAUUUUAUAAUUCACGCGCUUAACAUAACGACAAAGUUUCAAAGUUCCUAACAAGGUGUGAGAGAAAAAAAUAAGAAAAAAACUCGUUGAAUUGAAAAACAAAUUUUACAAAUAAUUCGACUCACGCAAUAACGAUGAUAUUCGAUAACGAAAUCUGAAAUCAAUCUCCGAAAAAAAAAAAAAAACUCAUGUGGUUCAAAUACAUUUAACAACUGCAAAAAUGUAUUCUAGUCUGACGUUGUAUAGUACCGCUUUUCAAAUUUGUUUACCCCCGAGUUAGAAACAAGUGUAAUCUAAAUAGCUUUGGGAAAAGAAUACAAAUUUGCCAUAAAUAAAAAUAUCAAAAACUAUGAAGUCAUACGUAUUUAUGUUAUUUUAGGUAAUUUUUAUUUAUACGACGGUUUAAAACAACUUACAUUUUCGUUCUAUGUAUACGCACAUUAUAUACAAUUAUAUCAUUAUUAUGAUUAUUAUUAUUAGAACUUCUGUUAUUAUUAUUAUUAUCAUUAUCAUUAUUAUUAUCAUUACUAUUAUCGUUGUUGUUAAUAUUAUCAUUGAUGUUAUCGUUUUUUGUAUCGCGGUUGCCAUAUUAUUGUGAAAUGAAACUAACGCUAUUUAUUUUAUGGUAAUUAGAAUUGUGAAUAUAAUAUAUUACAUAUUAUAUUGUAAUUAUUGUAUUAAUAACUAAGUCAUACGCAUUAUAUCGUGUUUCUAGUCACAUAGUUGAAGAAGAAUACACUGAAAAAUGUUCAAUUUAUUUUUCGCUGUUAAUUUCUACUAAUAAUAGGCAAGUGAAACGUAUACCUAUUCGGGCAUACCUAUAAUAUAAAUAUAUACAUAAAUAUAUAAAAAAAAAGGUAUAUAAUGUGGGCCACAGAACAAUUACAUACACCUUACAUGACAUUGUAUAAUGAAAAUUAUACGUACGCGAUGGUCGCGUUUAUCGUACCUCUCGCCUACCCAACUAAUUACCUUUAUUAUAAUGAGGGAGGAGAAAGAGGUAAAAAAUUAAUCAAAAACAUUCGACAAAGACAAAUUGAACAAAGGAAUAAUAAUGGUAAAAUUGAGAAAGCAAACGGUCUAAUAACGACUCGUUACAAUGCAGCUGCCAUGAGCUGAUGAUAGAGGAUGUUUUUAAUGCUAUUGACAGAAGAAUAAUAUUUAAUGAACAUCAGAUAGGGUGAGGCAGCAUCCUUCGAGAAAGAUAUGAGAUAUUGUCCGAUUACUCGUGUCUUGUGCACAAGAAGAUGGCAAAAUUAAAUAUCGAUGAUUGUAGAAUGAAUAGCUGGUACUAAAUGAGUAGGGGUAUUACAAGAUACGCGGAACGUAUAUCUUCGUAGACGUUCCACGAAAAUGAUUUAGAAAUGGCCAAUGAGUUUUGCCAUCUUUUGAGACACCGUAUCGGACAAAGUCCUAUAUCUCUAUUGUUGAGAAUAAAAGUUUUCAUAUUCAUUACGUGAUUGACUUCGCGAACGAAGUAAAUAUAAUAUUUGAUAUAUGGGAAAAUAAAACCGAAUAAAGAUAUAUAAUACACAAAACGCAAUAUAAUAAUGUAUUUCGUAUAACAUUACACAAAAUCGCAGUGUAACUUCACUAUUAUUGCAGAUAAAAUAAUGAACCAGUAAAUGAACGAAGAGAAAGAUUGAACAAAGAAAAAAGAAAGAAAAAACGGAAAACUACAAAAAAAAAAAAAUUUGAAUAUAGCGUUGGUUCGUAAUUAUACUAUAAUUAUAUUAGUUAAUUGAAUAAGCGAUAUGAUAUACUAAGUAUGAUAUUGAUGAUACGAUUUGAGAAAAAAAAAAAUUAAAGAGAAUGCAUGAAAAAUCACACGCAACACAUGAACACACGCACACAUACACACGUAAUAUUAAUAAUAUUAAAGAUAAUGAAUAUAAGGAAAAGUAUAAUAAUAAUAUAAUAAUAAUAAUAAUAAUAACAAUAAUAAUAUUAAUAAUAAUAAUAAUAAGGAUAAUGAACAUUAACGAUAAUAAAAAAUAGUAACAAUAAGCAUAAAAAUGAAUACGAUAGUAAUAAUAAUAUUAACAAUAAUAAUAGUAAAAAUUAUGAUAACACUAAUAACAAUAUAAUUAUUGAUUGGCGAUUAAUAAAGAGCAACCCGUAUUUCACGAUUCAUUCAUAAUUUGAAAAACUAUUAAUUUUAUGGGAAGAAUGUGUAGGAUUCGAGAUGAUGGCUGGGAAUAUGAAACGAGUACACGAUUUGUCUAAACAUGUAAAACAGCUGACGAGUAAAAUGUCUCAUUAUGUGUAAUUAUUAUGUAAUAAUUGUCCAUACAUCUUGAAAUGUCGAAAUAAACUAAUAUUAAAAAAUAAA